AUGUGGUUUUCAUUUCUCUUUUUUGUGGCGAUCAUGCUGUCCUUGAAUUUUAGUAUUGAAGUGUGCCAUUCGUUCGUCCUCUCGGCCAAGCGAGACAUACAAGGUCGCAUGAUUGAUGCUCUUCGCUCCGUUGGAGUAUCCGUGCUGGGAGGCGCUUUGAUAUCCCUAUCAGCUUCUGUUUGCUUGGGAUUCAUUUUUCCCAGUCUAGCAGAUAUUUUCCAUCUACUACUUUCCUCGGUGUUCGCUUUGGGGUCCAUCCAUGCUCUUCUUGUUUUCCCGACGGUCCUUGCAUUGUUUGAGGAGUUAGUGCACAAUUUUAGCUCCAAGAUUAGCCAAGAGGAAAUAAAACACUUCAUGGUAGCAAAUGACUCAAUAUCAAUGGAAGCACGGAAUGGCGACAUAAGAAAGCUCAAGGCUAAACGUUCCGGGAUCUCCAUCAUAGGCAUUAGUUGUAGAUUCCCCGGUGCUCACAGUAAGAACCUCUUUUGGGCCUUGCUUGAACAAGGAAAGAGCUCCAUUCGUGCGUUUCCCGAGAACAGAACACAGCAGCAUAAAGCGUUUGUUGAGUUCUACAACCCCAAGCGUUUCGUAAAUGGACGCCUUUGUGCCAUCAAUGGUUCCUACUUGGAAGAAAUUAAGACUUUCGACAACAGGUUCUUCGGUAUCUCCAAUCAAGAGGCACGUGCAAUGGACCCUCAGCAAAGAAUACUCCUUCAAGUAGCCUACGAGGCAAUAGAAGAUGCAGGAAUGCGGCUUGAAGACUUACAAAAGUGUAGAACAGGUGUUUUUGUUGGCGUGAUGAAUAUCGAAUACGGUUCUCUUUUGGCAGACCGCUCAAAUUACUCCUACAUCGAUCAGUAUACCUCAACAGGGAUAACAGCAUCUAUUCUUGCCAACAGAGUGUCAUUUUGCCUUAAUCUGACCGGACCAAGUAUUGCCGUGGAUACAGCAUGUUCCUCAUCGCUAACUGCUCUUAAACUAGCUUAUGAUAGCCUGCAUAACGAUGAUUGCGAUAUAGCUAUCGUUUGCGCACCCAAUGUCGUCCUUAACCAUUCCAUGCAGAUAAUAUCCAGUAUGGCUGGACUUCUUGCCCCGGAUGGCCGUUGCAAGAGUUUUGAUGCUUCUGGGGACGGUUAUGGACGCGGAGAGGGCUUUGCAGCGGUUGUACUCAAACUGUCAAAGGAUGCUCUUUGUGACAAAGACGAUGUAUAUUGCGAGAUCCUUGCAUGUGGAAUGAACAGCGACGGUCAAAAUGCUGUCCCGAUCACCGCUCCAAGUGCCAAGAUGCAAGCUCAGUUAUCAAGAAGCGUGCUAGAGCAGUCAGGAGUGGCCGCAGAAGACGUGGAUUACUUCGAAGCACAUGGGACUGGUACCGCGAUUGGUGAUGUAGUGGAAGUCAACUCCAUAGCAGAUACCUACUCCAAUCUGGCCGCAAAUUCUUCACGAAAAUUGAGAAUUGGCUCUGUCAAAUCUAAUCUCAAUCAUACGGAAUCUACUUCUGGUCUUGCUGGACUUAUUAAGGCCGCCCUGAUGAUAAAAAACAAGACCUUUGUACCCACCAUCAACGUCAAGGUGUUGAAUCCCAAACUAAAGCUUGAAGAAAAAGGGAUUAUUCUACAACAAACUCGUGAGUCUUGGAAAACAGAAAAGGGAAAACCGCGAAUAGCAGCCGUUAAUUCGUUCGGUUUUGGUGGGUCAAAUGUGCAUGUUAUUCUUCGCGAAGCUACAGCAACACCAAGCUUCCAAGUGGAAAACUUCAAACGCAAGAAUAACGUUCUUACUAUCACAGCACGUUCUCUAGAAGCUCUUAAAAAGCUGUCACGCCUUUACUCCAGGUGGAUUAAAGACAACGCUGAAGAAAUGAAUGAACACUUUGUGGAAAACUUAUGUUUCUCGUUGAACGAACGUCGAAGCCAGUAUCCGCAUCGCCUGGCAGUUGCCUUUGGGCCUCCUUUCGAAGCAUCGAAGUCACUAGAAGCUUUUGCUGAUGACUCCGCUGGUUGGGAAAAGACCGCUUCUUAUGCUGAGGUGACCUCAAGUGAUAGGAAACUGGUUUUCAUGUUUGGGGGUCAGGGAUCACAAUGGUAUGCCAUGGGAAGGCAGUUAAUGGAAUGCGAAACCGCUUUCAGAGAGGCAAUUUUGACUGUUAGCAACUUACUGAGAGAUAUGGGACAGACGUGGUCACUUGAAGACGAAUUGAUGGCACCAGAAGACAUUUCGCGAAUAUCGGAAAACUACAUUGCCCAGCCAGCCACGUUCGCUGUACAGUACGCAACCACACAGCUGCUUAAGUCCUGGAAAGUCCAUCCGUCUGCUGUUAUUGGUCACAGUUUAGGAGAGUUCGCAGCUGCCUGUGUUGCUGGAAUCAUCACUGUCAAGGAAGCUCUUCAGCUGGUACUAACUCGCUCCACUCUUCAAGACAAAUGCCCAAGCAAUGGAAGUAUGGCUGCCCUGGGCAUGCCUGAGAUAAAGGCCAGGGAAAUGCUUUUCAAUCUAAGGUUAAGCGCCACCCUCGACAUAGCGGCAGUUAAUGAUGCAAAAAGCGUCACUGUAGCUGGUGAGUCGCAGUCCAUCGAGGCAUUGGGACAACAUCUUUCGAUGAACGCAAGAGAUGUUUUCUGGCGUGUUCUUGGAACAAAUCGUGCAUUUCACAGCUCACACAUGGAACCCAUCAAGAAACCAUUUCAGGCAGCUAUGAAAAGUGUACAGCUAAACCCUCAACUAUCGAAGAUUCCAAUGUACUCUACCGUUGAGGGCGAAGUUGUCUCGGGUCAGCAGUUAAACAGCGAUUAUUGGUGGCGAAAUAUACGCUGUCCUGUUCGCUUCUACUCGGCAAUGAAACAUCUACUGAGAGAUGGUUACAAGCAGAUAAUUGAGAUCAGCACGCAGCCAAUUCUUGCCCACUACGUAAAACAGAUAGCUCUUCAGGAGAAUUUGACGGAACAGGAAAGGCCCGUUGUUGUCGCAACUCUUCCACGUAAGAGAGUGCCCAUCAAGGAGCAACACAAAUGCUUUCUUCAGAACACAAUAUGCAGAUUGUAUACCAUGGGAUUUCCCGUAGACUGGACCUUGGUACAGGGGAGCCAAUCAGCCAGGUUUAUCCGGUCCCCAACAUCUCCAUGGCUGGAAAACAGUUUUUGGUACAGGGAACAACCACCGCAAUCAACAGUCCACCCAAUUAGCUCUAAGGAAACCUUAUGGAAGCCAACACAUCCUUAUCUGGCACAAGUCAAAAUGACCGACUUAUACUCAGGCCUGCACUGCUGGGAGACUGAGAUUGACCUUUUCAAUUUUCCAUCUCUAAAGGACCACGCCCUUAUUGAAGGAGGUGCCGUGAUGCCCGGGGCUGCUUACCUGGAGAUGGCCUUUGCAAUGGUAAAGGACGAAUUCGUACAUACUUCUGGCCUGGAACUUGGUGAUGUGAAACUUUCAAGUCUUCUCACUCUUCCUGAAACACAGGUAAGCGUAGUAUAUACAUAAAUUAGAGACAAGCCAUAUCAGCUAGGUUGAGGUUAUCGCAACUUUUUAUCCUUUGUUCUUUAGGUUAGAUCCUUACGACUUCGCCUUUUAAAGACCGACAAAAUAGACAAGGCUCAGUUUCACAUUACAAGCGUGCAGGACGACCAGUCUGAAAUUAUUUUGAGUAGUGGAAACAUCUCGGUCGAUUUCUUGGACACAAAAACAAACAGCGAGGAAGAAGGUAUUAUAAUAUUCAAAUGCAUUUGCCAUUCUCCAUUUAUAGCCUAUUUAUUUAUCCACCCAUUUAUAGUCAUGAUUGCAAGAGACUAUAACUAUCACAUAGAAAUUAAAAGGAGACAUUUCCCCGUUUUGGCCUUUUUACAGCUUGCAAUCAAGUUGGCCCAGCCGUCAACGAGCUAAUCAGAAAUAUGAAAAAGAGGUGCCGAUUGAAGGAUUCAGAGAAUUAA